AUGGACCUCCUCAUCGCGCAGAUCACCACCGACCUCCGCUCCUCGGACGCGCUCCGGCAGUCGUCGGCGCUGCUGCAGGCGCUGCAGCAGUGCGCCGCGGGGCGGGACGUCUCCGCGCUCGCCCGCACCGCGGCCACCGAGAUCCUGUCGGCGCCCUCCUCCGCCGUCUGCAAGCGCCUGGCGCUUGACCUCCUCCGCGCGCUCCCGCUGCCGCCGGAUCUCCUCGACCCGCUCCUCCUCUCCUCCCUCCGCACCGACCUCUCCUUCCCGGACCCCGACGUCGCCGCCUCCUCCAUCGCCUCGUUCCCGUCCCUGCCCUCCCACCUUCUCCCCUCGCUCCUCUCCUCCGCCCACGCCGAGAUCGCUGGCGCGCUCUCCUCGCCCGCUGAGUCGCUGCGCCUCGCCGCCGUCACGUCUCUGUCCUCGCUCCUCCCGCGCGAUGACCUCGCGCUCAUGUGCUCCACAAACCCCUCCCUCAUGGCGCACGCCACCACGUGGUGGGGUCGCCUGCCCGAGCUUGCGCUGGACUCUGCAGAUGCGGUUUCCGCCAGCGCGUUUGAGGCCCUUGCACGGCUGUUCCAGGAGCUAGAUGGGCGCCGCAUGAGCCGGUUAGCUGGUGACAAGCUUGUUGAUGGAGAAGGUGCGCUUGCAGUGCGUGCCCAGUGGGCGGCUGAUGCCAUUGAUUUCAUUUGGUCAAGGCGCAACAUGCUGAUUGCGCGCUCCAUGGUGAUGCCUGUGGAGAGCUUCCGAGUUACUGUGUACCCUCUAGUGCACGCAGCGAAAAUGGUUGCUUCUGGUGUGGUAAACACUCUGCGGCGGAUUGCCAAGCCAGGGGACACUACAAUUGCUGAUAGUGUGGAGUCGAGUGCGGAGAAAUUGGUAGGAGUGUCAGACAUUGUCUCACACUUGCUGCCAUUCCUUAGUUCACUUGACCCACCACUUGUGUUUGAGGUGGGGAUCAAUAUGCUGGCGCUGGCAGAUGUCCCUGGAGGCAAGCCAGAGUGGGCUUCAGCUGCCAUUAUUGCAAUCCUGACACUAUGGGACCGGCAAGAGUUCUCGUCGAUGAGGGAGACGAUUGUAAGGGCUGUUGUGACGAAUCUUCAUUUGCUGGAUCUUGGAAUGCAGGUCUCUCUGUUCAAAAGACUGCUUCAGAUGGUGAGAAACUUGAGAGCAGAAUCAGAUCGUAUGCAUGCUUUGGCAUGUAUUUGUCGGACUGCUCUUUGUGUUGAUCUUUUUGCAAAGGAGAGUGUUCGAAGAGGUCAGAAGCCUGUUCCAGGAACAGAUGUGAUAUCACUCUUUGAGGAUGUGAGGGUGAAGGAAGAUCUAAACAGUGUAACAAGCAAAAACUUGUUCAGAGAAGAGCUAGUGGCUUCCCUGGUCGAAAGUUGUUUCCAGCUAUCUCUUCCACUACCAGAGUUGAAGAAUUCUGGGACAGAGAGCAGAGUUAUAGGAGCGUUAGCCUAUGGAACUGGUUAUGGUGCCCUUAAUUGGACAGAACCUGCUUUGGAUGUGGUGGAAGUUUGCAGGCCAUGUGUUCUUUGGGAUUGUGAUGGCCGUACCUAUGCAAUUGAUUGCUAUCUAAAGUUGCUUGUGAGGCUUUGUCAUAUAUACGACACCAGAGGCGGUGUGAAGACAAUUAAAGCUGGUGCAUCUCAAGAUCAGAUUCUGAAUGAGACCCGGCUUAGAAAUUUGCAGCUACAGCUUAUCAGGGACCUUCGCGAGGUUCACACUCCAUGUAUAUCUUCACGCUUGAUAUGGGCAAUUUCUGAACACUUUGAUCUUGAAGGUCUGGAUCCCCUUUUAGCUGAUGACCCAGAAGAUCCACUGAAUAUUAUCAUAUCUAACAUGCACAAGAUAUUAUUCAACACCGAUUCAUCUGCUACUACAUCAAAUAGGAUACAAGAUGUGCAGGCUGUCCUAAUUUGUGCUCAACGUUUGGGAGCAAGAAAUGCAAGAGCAGGGCAACUUCUCACUAAAGAACUGGAAGAAUUUAGGGCAAGUACUUCAGCUGAUUCUGUCACCAAGCAUCAAUCACGUUAUGUGUUGCAAGUAAUAAAAUACGUAACAAACCAUCCCGAUAACAGGUGGGUUGGUGUAGGUGAUGCUACAGGGGAUUAUCCAUUUAGUCACCACAAACUUACAGUUCAAUUUUCAGAGGCGUCCGCUGCCCAAGAUAGAAAAUUGGAGGGAUUAGUUCAUAAGGCCAUUCGGGAGCUUUGGAGGCCGAAUCCCAGUCAAUUAACUCUCCUACAAACAAAGGGAAUUGGUGCCUUGCAUAAAGAGCUUCCAAAAGCCUGUACUUUGACUGGCAGCAGUGAUCCGUGCUACAUCGAUGCAUAUCAUUUGGCAGAUCCAACUGAUGGCAGAAUCACUCUACAUCUAAAGAUUUUAAAUUUGACCGAGCUGGAACUCAACAGGGUGGACAUCCGUGUUGGCCUCUCUGGAGCACUGUAUUAUAUGGAUGGUUUCUCUCGCACUGUUCGUCACCUUCGGAAUCUUGUUUCCCAGGAUCCGGUCCAAAGUAGUGUGACUGUUGGAGUUUCGCAUUUUGAGAGAUGCUCCCUCUGGGUUCAAGUUUUGUAUUACCCGUUUUAUGGAAGUGGUGGAUCUGCAGACUAUGAAGGAGAUUAUGCAGAAGAGGAUUCACAGAUGAUGCGGCAGAAGCGCUCACUUCGGCCUGAGCUUGGGGAACCAGUUGUUUUGCGGUGCCAACCCUACAAGUUCCCUCUCGCCGAGCUUCUACUACCAUUAGAAUGCUCUCCAGUUGAGUAUUUUCGGCUAUGGCCUAGCCUGCCAGCCAUGGUGGAAUGCACUGGCACAUACACAUACGAAGGCAGUGGUUUCAAGGCCACCGCUGCUCAGCAGUAUGACAGCUCUCCCUUCCUCAGUGGAUUGAAGUCAAUCUCUUCUAAGCCCUUCCAUCAAGUCUGCUCCCAUUUCAUCCGGACGGUAGCUGGGUUCCAGUUAUGUUAUGCAGCAAAGACAUGGUUUGGUGGGUUUGUGGGCAUGAUGAUAUUUGGGGCAAGUGAAGUCAGCCGGAACGUUGAUUUGGGUGACGAGACCACCACAAUGAUCUGCAAAUUCGUUAUGCGUGCAUCCGAUGAAUCCAUCACGAGAGAGAUCGAAUCUGAUCUCCAGGGCUGGCUGGAUGAUAUCACCGACGGUGCUGUGGAAUACAUGCCCGAGGAUGAGGUGAAGAGUGCGGCCGCAGAGCGGCUGAAGAUCUCCAUGGAGAGGAUCGCCCUGCUCAAGGCAGCCAAGCCAAAGGUCCCGCCCGCGAAGACCGAGCAAGAGGAGGAAGAGGAGCGAAAGCAGAGCGAGGAACUAGAUGGGUUUGGAAACCCCAAGGGCCCCUCGACGCUCUCCAAGCUCACCGCGGAAGAGGCCGAGCACCGCGCUCUCCAGGCUGCCGUGCUGCAGGAGUGGCACCAGCUGUGCAAGGAGAAAGCCAUGAAAGCGCAGUGA